UCAUCCUUCGACUAUUUCAUUGUUGUGUAAACUAUGCGACAGGAUAUAUAUCUAUACACAAGACUCACAUCCUUGCAAAAAAAAAUACUAAUUUUCUCUUGAUAUCAGCGGAAAUGCUAUUUAUUUAUUUCACAUUCAACUACUUAGGCGUUAUGAGUUAUGGAGGUUAUGGGGGCAGAGGCGGCCGACGAGGUGGCCGAAGAGGAGGUCGAGGAUUCGGACGGGAUGGGAGCCGGGAGAGGUGGGACCGCCUAGCUGGGUCGAGUGGUGGUGGACAUCCGCGGAGCACCGAAACGGAGUCGAGGGAGGACCGGGGAGAACGAGGCGGGAGAGGUGGGGGACCAAACCGUCCACCCCCGCAUCUAAAGGGCCGGGAGAUCGGACUGUGGUACGCCAAAUGGGGAGGCUUGAAGAGGAAAGAAAAUGAGAGAAAAUCGCGGGCAGUGGUUCAGAUGGAUGAGUCCAGGGAACAGCAUAUCACUAAUCUGCUGAACACUGUCCAGAGAGGGCCGACAUGCCCAGCCAGGGAGGCCCACCCCUCCACAUCUGAGCACUGGCGUUCAACCCCGUCAGCACCGGACAGAGGCAGCCACUGUUACUUUGAUGGUGAUGAGCCCUCUCAGGAUGUCCUGAAAAUUGAUCUCAAACAAGAGAAGAAGGAGGAUGAGGAGAGGCCAGUACAAAACACUCCACUCACAUCACAACGUUACUUCCCACAGGAUGUCCUUAAAGCUGAACCCCAAGAAGAGAGGGAGGAGAAGGAGAGGAGAGGGAAGGAUAAAGACCUGGAGUACUUGUUUCAGGAGGUGGUCAGGGAGAAUGCCCUGGACCAGCAGUUAAAGAGAGAUCUAGAGAGGAAGAAGGCGGACUCUAAAUACCUAGACAUGCUGAAAUUCAGGGAAAAGCUUCCAUCCUUUGGAAAAAAAGAGGAGUUGGUGGAGUUGAUCAGGUCCAGCCAGGUGCUGGUGGUCAGUGGAGAGACUGGGUGUGGUAAGACCACCCAGGUGACCCAGUUUAUCCUGGAUGACUACAUAGAGAGGGGCAUGGGUUCAGUCUGCAGGGUGGUCUGCACCCAGCCACGUCGCAUCAGUGCCAUAUCUGUAGCGGAGCGGGUGGCUGCGGAGAGGGCUGAGAGUGUAGGGGACGGGAACUCAUGUGGUUAUCAGAUCCGCCUGCAGAGUCGGUUACCACGGAAACAGGGCUCGGUGCUGUAUUGUACAACGGGUAUUAUUCUACAGUGGCUUCGCUCUUCCCCUCUGUUGUCCACCAUCAGCCACCUGGUUUUGGAUGAAAUUCACGAGAGGAACCUUCACUCUGAUGUUCUGCUCAUCAUUGUUAAAGACCUGCUCCGAGUCCGACAGGACCUCAAGGUCAUCCUCAUGAGUGCCACGCUCAACGCUGAGAAGUUCUCCAAAUACUUUAAUAACUGUCCUAUGAUCCACAUCCCCGGGAUGACCUUCCCAGUGCAAGAGUUCCUACUGGAGGAUGUGUUGGAGAUGAUUAGGUACCGUCCCCAGAAGAAGGAGCAGAGGCCCAGGUGGAAGAGAGGUUUCAUGCAGGGUCAGAACUCCAGACCAGAGAAGGACCAGAAAGAGGCCGAGUACAAGGAGAGCUGGCCCUGCUACGCCCGCACACUACGAGACAAGUACUCUGACAGAACCAUAGAUGUGUUGGAGAUGUUGGACGAUGAUGAUAAGAUUGACCUUGAGCUCAUCGUGCAGCUGAUCAGACAUAUCGUGCUAAGCCAGGAAGAAGGAGCCAUCUUGGUGUUCCUGCCAGGUUGGGACAACAUCAGUGGCCUUAAUGACCUCCUCAUGGCUCAGCAGAUGUUCAAAUCAGAUCGGUUUGUGAUCAUUCCUCUGCACUCCCUGAUGCCUACUGUCACCCAGACCUCGGUGUUCAAAAGGCCCCCUCCAGGAGUCAGGAAGAUUGUCAUUGCCACCAAUAUCGCUGAGACCAGUAUUACCAUAGAUGAUGUGGUGUUUGUGAUAGAUGGGGGAAAGAUUAAGGAGACUCACUUUGACACUCAGAACAACAUCAGCACUAUGACUGCAGAGUGGGUCAGCCUGGCCAAUGCCAAACAGAGAAGAGGACGCGCUGGCAGGGUGUGUCCAGGGAAGUGUUAUCACCUGUAUAAUGGCCUGAGGGCCAGUCUUCUGGAUGCCUACCAGCUGCCUGAGAUCAUGCGCACACCACUGGAGGAACUGUGUCUGCAGAUCAAGAUCCUCAAGCUGGGUCAAAUAGCAGAGUUCCUGAGGAAAGCUCUGGACCCUCCCACAGACGAGGCUGUCACUCUGGCCAUCACACACCUGAUGGACCUCAAUGCUCUGGACCGCUCAGAGGCUCUGACCCCGUUAGGGUUCCACCUGGCCAGGCUGCCUGUAGAGCCUCACAUCGGGAAGCUGAUCCUGUUUGGAGCUCUGCUGGGCUGUCUGGACCCUGUCCUCACUAUCGCUGCCUCUCUCAGCUUCAAGGACCCCUUCUUCAUACCAAUGGGUAAGGAGAAGAUGGCAGACUUUAGGAGAAGAACUCUGUCCAGAGACUCAAAGAGUGACCACCUCACCAUCAUCUAUGCCUUCACAGGCUGGGAGGAAGCUAAGCGACGCGGCUACAAGUUUGAACGAGAGUUCUGCUGGGACAACUUCCUGUCAGCCAAUACACUCCAGAUGCUGCACAACAUGAAGGGUCAGUUUGCCGAGCACCUGCUGGGGGCUGGCUUCACCAGCAGUAAGAACCCAAAAGACCCUGAAUCUAACACUAACUCAGAUAAUGAGAAGCUGAUCAAGGCAGUGAUAGUGGCAGGUCUCUACCCCAAAGUGGCCAUGAUCAAACCCAGCGGCAGCAAGAAGAGACCGGUGAGGGUGUAUACCAAAACCGAUGGGAAGGUGUGUAUUCACCCCAAGUCAGUGAAUGCUGAGGAGACCCAGUUUAACUACACAUGGCUCAUCUAUCACCUCAAGAUGAGGACCAGCAGUAUCUUCCUGUACGACUGUACGGAGGUGUCUCCGUUCUCCCUGCUGUUCUUUGGAGGUGACGUCACCAUACAGAUGGAUCAGGACCAGGAGACCAUCGCUGUGGACGACUGGAUCGUCUUCCAGUCCCCCGCACGCAUCGCUCACCUCGUCAAGGUACACACACACACACACACACACACACACACACACGCUGUGGACGACUGGAUCGUCUUCCAGUCCCCCGCACGCAUCGCUCACCUCGUCAAGGUACACACACACACACACACACACACACACACACACACCAUCGCUGUGGACGACUGGAUCGUCUUCCAGUCCCCCGCACGCAUCGCUCACCUCGUCAAGAAUCUGAAGAAGGAGCUGGACUCUCUAUUGGAAGAGAAGAUCCGAAGCCCCGCCCCUGUGGACUGGAGCAACCGCCAAUCCAAAGACUGUGCCGUCAUCACAGCCAUCAUAGACCUCAUCACCACCCAGGAGAGGCCCAACGUUAACGCGAGGAACACUGAGCCUAGAGGACGCCGCCAGUAUCACAACAACGAUGAUGGUGACGAGUACGAGAACUGCUGCAUCUCUUCUCAACCUAGAGAAAAGCUCAGGCCAUAGAGAUGGAAAGAGGUCUCCACUUUGUAUCUAUGCCAUAAUGGCGCUGCCCAUGCUAUCUCCGUUUGAAUUAAGUGUCAAGCUAAUGUUGGUGAUUUACCGCCACUUGCAGAGCUGGAGUCUUAAACUAAAUAUUGUGUUAUUUUGGCGAUGAAGCUUAACACCAUUUACCAACUAGGCAAACCAAUUUGAAGACCAUGGUCUGGUCAUUGGCUGAUCAUUCCCAUAGGAAUCACCCACCCAGUUGACUACUUUUAAAUGGUGGAAGCCCUCAAUGUCCAUGCUAAAUUGUUUCCAAGUAGAGAUCUCUAUACAUCUCAAUGUCUUAGGCACAUUUUCUAUUGGAUAUGAGUCCAGUCAGGCAGGAUGGUAUGUGAAGAAAGAGUCCCCGAACACCAACUAUUUGAAUUUAAUUCUAUAAUAAGCCUACUGGAAAAGGCUGAGCAUGUAUUUUUGCAUUUGUUAAAAACAAUUAUGUGAAACUAAGUCGUAUGGACUGCUGUUUUGUUGAUAUUGCUUGACAUUCUCAUGUUGUCAAAUGGCCCACUUGGCUGAUGAAUGGUUAACUUGCCAUUGUUUUCUUUUCAGUUUUUGUUCAAAUAUUUGAAUCUUCUCCCUGAAGCUGAACCAAUAAAGUUGACCUUAUUGCA